AUGCAUCGACCCCUUAGCGACAUUUUGCCUUGGUCGACGACCAGGCUAACAUUCGAUUCGCGGCGGCUAAAGCGUGGCACCGCAUUGCAGGCGCUUAAGGAGGUCAUGAAUGUCAGCAGUACGAGCGGCGACUGUGUUCCCGGUGAUGAAGAGCUUUUAUCUUCAGCGGAUGAGGCGACUCGUGCAUUGUUCAGGUCAAUCAAUGACAAUGAAGGGUUGAACACUCAUGAUGGUGCUCUUGGGAUGGUCGGUGUAUCAUCGGUCGAAGCACGAUACCCCCAGACGGCGAAAGGGCGCAUACAAGUUCUUCUCCAUCUCCUGCGAAGAGACUAA